AUGUCAACAGCGGCAAAUCUCCAGAAUAUUCCGUUGGAAGAGUUGGAUGAAUUGUGUGACCUGUACCGUGCCGAUUGGCCAAAGUAUGCCUAUACGUUCUACAUGCUGGAUAAUUUUUACAAUUGGCGUAACCAGGUACGAAAUGGAGAGGUGCAAGUGUUUACUGACCCCAAACGCGAUUGGCGAAUUACUGGAACUUUUGUACUGAAGGAUUGUAAGGAGCUGUUUUUCUACACCCUGGAAAACACGAUCGAUAGCUUGGAAAAGGUGCUGAGAACGGUUAUGAGUAGCUUGAGUGCAUCCUUUAGUAUGGUGUAUGAUUCUUGCUUUCGGGACAUGGUUGAACGCUCGGUGAGCUUACUCUCCCUUGUGAAGGAUAGCGAUGAACGAAUGGUGUGUUACCGACAGCUAGUACCAUAUGAAGAGCGUAAAGAUAUAUACAAUGAACCGCCACCCGAAUACCGCUUCAGUGCUUUGGACCCAGCGGAUAGUAUCGUCGUUGAACGACAGUGGGUGCAUAAUGAUCCGGUUUUUACGAAUCUACCAACACGCUUGAUCCAGCGUAAUCCAUCCCUGGGAGUGUACGACGCUAGCGAGCGGUUAGUAGCAUGGUGUUUGAUUGAUCAGACCGGAUCGUUGGCCAUAUUCCAAACAGUUCCCGACCAUCGGCGCAAGGGUUUGGGUCGAGCGAUUAUUGAACGUUUUUCGAAGCAACUUCACGAGAGAGGCCAACUGCCACAGGCGUAUGUCGUGGAGAGCAAUGUGGCUUCACGUAGUUUAUUCCUGAGCUUGGGAUUUAAUGCUGUCGAACUGUGGUAUUGGACAAAGGUUCACAAACUGGUGUCGUAA